AUGUUGUGUUGGGACCUUGCGAUGAAUCCGCUCUACCGAGUGCCCUUGGUGCUCUUCUUUUACUCUGCUUUUGGCCUUGGCCUUCUGAUCCGAAAGAUUUUGACCUUUGCCUCGCCCUCCGCGCCAGUGAGUUGGCGUAUGUGGCACAACGCCGCUCAGUGCGCCUUCUUCUUCGGCCGGUGCAUCAUUUGCCAGCCGCUGCUGGUCUUGGCAUCGAGCCCCUCGAGCUCUGAGCUCCAGGCGCUCCAGGUGGAAGCCUUCAGCUCUGUGAUUGGUUUGGGAAUGACCAACCUCUCCAUGGUCUUUAUGCAGCAGAUGCAGACCGUCGACACGUUGCUUUUUUGCUUCAUCAACGGGGUGGUCUUCAUUCUCUGGAUCAUUUUUGUUCUGCAGAUGCCUCUCACCGACGCUUUGCACACCGCCUAUGUGGGCAGCAUCGUCAUUACUUUGGUUUGCGUCCGCCAGCAGAGAGACUUGGAAGAGUUGGAGCGAAAAAGCUUUGACCACCAGCUGCUCAAUACCAGAGGCUUGCUCCUGCGUGGUGCGGAGCAGGUCCGGCGACAGUCCACAGAGGUGGAGUUCGGCUUCCAGAUGACAUUGCUGGAGCGCGCACGCUGCGUGGAAGACCUCAACUUCUGA